AAAAAAACUGAAACCCGAUAUACGAAGGAUUCUGUAUUUCUGUCGCACCGUCGAUUGACUAACAAAGAGAAAAUGCACGAUUGGGAUCGUUAUGACUCAACAACCGCCAACGUACAAUAACUUUUUACUAUUUAAUUUAAAAACGAUUCCGCCUUAGGCUUGUAAUAAACCGAACAAACAGAAAAAAUCGUCUUACAGCAAAAUACAAAACGUUAAACUACUAAGUACUAACUGUCCAAAGUCCAUCGACUGUCACGCCAAAAUAAACAGAUAAGGCGCUGCGUUGUAGUGCGUGGAGGUUGCGUUCUACCAGGUUACAAACGUUCAAUGAAACUUCCAUCAACUUUUCAAUUUGACUAAUUUAUCGAAUGGCGAAGAUUUUCACGCCGACGAACCAGAUUCGGUUGACGAACGUGGCCGUCGUCCGGAUGAAAAAGGCCGGAAAACGAUUCGAGAUCGCCUGCUACAAGAACAAAGUCCUCUCCUGGAGGACCAACGUAGAGAAGGACAUCGAUGAAGUUCUACAAACACAUACAGUAUUUACAAAUGUGUCUAAAGGUCAGGUUGCCAAGAAGGAAGACUUGAUCAAAGCAUUCGGAAAAGAUGAGCCGACUGAAAUUUGCAAAAUAAUUCUUCAGAAAGGAGAACUUCAGGUGUCGGACAAAGAGAGGCAGAACCAACUGGAUUCGCUUUUCAAAGAUAUAGCGACAAAUGUAGCAGAGAAAUGCAUUAAUCCUGAGUCAAAACGACCUUAUCCAGUCUCAAUGAUUGAAAAGGCAAUGAAAGACAUACAUUUUUCAAUUAAGCCAAAUAGAAAUGCCAAACAACAGACACUAGAUGUUAUACCACAAUUGAAAGCUGUCAUGCCUUUGGAAAGAGCACAGAUGAGGUUGAGAGUGGCAUUUUCAGGCAAAGAAUCGAGAAAGCUCAGAACUCAGUUGGUCAAGUUGACGACAUCCGUAGAAACUGAAAAUUGGAACUCUGAAGGCGAACUUGAAUUGGUUUGUUUAAUCGAUCCAGGAAGAUACCGAGAAGUAGAUGAGUUAAUACAUUCUGUCAAAAAUUCAAAUGGGCUGUUAGAAUUGUUGAAUUUGAAAGAAAUAACAGAAGGAGAAGAGUUACUUGAAUAAAUUUUAAUUGUUAUUUUCUAUGUUUCCUAU